CGACCCGCAUUUUAUUUUCUCCUCGUCUCCUCUCCUCUCCUCCUAUCCUCCGCCGCACGCGCACGCACACGCACACCUACGCAUCGCCGCCUCCUCCUCUUCCUCCCACUCCGCGGAAGCGCGUAACCACCACCUCGUUCGUUCUUAUCUCCAAAGCCGAAGACCCACCGAGCCGAUCCCGACGCUUCCCCCAUGGCUCCUCCGCUCCUCCCCCGCGGCGCGGCCCUCCUCCUCCUCCUCCGCUCCGCCGCCCGACGGCCGGCGGCGGCGUCCUCCCGCGGCUUCCUGUCGAGCGCUGCGGCGGGAGGCCGCGAGGGGGCGCUGGCCGCCGCCGCGGUGGCGGUGGUGGGGUCCGGCCUGGGUCUGUGGCUGGUGCCCCCCUCGCUCGCGGACUCCGGCGAGGCGGUGGCCGACGCCCCGGCGGUACAGAUCUCGGUAGGCUCCGGCUCCGGCGCGGUAGGCGCCGUGGAGGAGCGAGGCCGGAAGAGGAGGUUCCUCCUCGGAGACUCGUUCCGCAGAAGGGUGUUCUUCAAUUACGAGAAACGGAUACGGCUGCUCAGCCCUCCUGAAAAGAUCUUUGAAUAUUUCGCGUCUGUGCGGAACCCGGAAGGGGAAGUAUUCAUGUUGCCUGCUGACUUGAUGAGAGCAGUAGUUCCUGUUUUCCCUCCAUCGGAGUCGAACAUAGUUCGGGAGGGAAGAUUAAGGGGGGAACGCAAUCCUGGAGAGUUGCACUGUGCUCCAUCGGAGUUCUUCAUGCUGUUUGACACAAACGGUGAUAGGCUCAUCUCCUUUGCCGAGUACAUCUUUUUUGUGACAUUGCUCAGCAUCCCUGAGUCAAGUUUCAGUGCGGCCUUCAAAAUGUUUGACGUUGACCACAGCGGGGAGAUAGACAAAGAAGAGUUCAAGAAAGUAAUGGCACUGAUGCGAUCCUAUAACAGACAAGGAGCCAACCAUAGAGAUGGCUUACGUACUGGACUAAAAGUUGGUCAGCCUGUGGAAAAUGGUGGAGUGGUUGAAUACUUCUUUGGUAAUGAUGGGAACGAACCUCUACACUAUGACAAGUUUACAAAUUUUUUGAAAGGAUUGCAUGACGAGAUCAUUCGUCUGGAAUUCAGUCACUAUGACGUCAAGUCAUCUAAUACUAUCCCAGCAAAGGAUUUCGCAUUAUCCAUGGUUGCUUCUGCUGACAUGAAUCACAUCAACAAGCUACUUGAUAGAGUUGAUAAUUUAGGCAAUGAUCCUGAUCUCAAAGGAGUGCGCAUCACCUUCGAGGAGUUUAAAUCCUUUGCUGAUUUGCGACGAAGAUUGGAGCCACUGGCGAUGGCUAUCUUUACUUAUGGGAAAGUAAAUGGGCUGUUGACAAAGCAGGAUCUCAAGCGUGCAGCGCACCAUGUUUGUGGUGUUGACUUAACUGACAGAGUAGUUGACAUCAUUUUCCAUGUGUUUGAUACAAAUCAUGAUGGGAACUUGAGCUCGGAGGAAUUUGUGAGAGCAUUACAAAGACGAGAAACUGAUGUUCGUCAGCCAGCGACACCAGGCUCUAUGGGGCUGUUGUCUUACUGGCUAAACUUCAACAAGUGUUCUUCGCUUACACAGAUGCUGCUCAAGUAGAUUGUUUUGAUCCUUGCUAGAUUCUUCUUGGUUGGAUUUCCGUCACGGAGAUGCCGAAGCGAUUUUGCUGUAAAUAUCGUGUGGGUUGUCAAAGGGUGCCCUGUCACAUAGCAGCUGUAAAUAUUUUAUAGCGCCUUUCUUGCAGGGGUAGAUUAAUCAUUCUUGUAAAUUAAGGCCUAUGCAAAAUGUAACUGAUACUCUGAUAAGACUUUUGAAAGGUUAAAACCAACUUUAUCGCCGUGGUUCGUAUUA